AUGGAUUCUCCUCCUGAGUGUGUAUUGGCUCUGUCCUGUGAGCCGCCCCAGUCACCCCCUACACUACCAUCUCUGGACCACAGUCCCCUGGCCUCCCUUCACUCUUGCUCCCAACUCUCCCCUUUACACAGCCUCCUGGACCUGCCUGUCCCCCUCAGUCCCACAGCCCUGUCCCACACCCCGACCUCCGACACCCCAGACACCACCCCCUACUCCCCCCUCUCCCCCUUCCCCCUCAAUCACCACAAUGAAGAAGAGGAGGAUGAAGAGAGGUUGUCAGGCCCUCUGUCCCCCACCCCAGCCAUUGCUCUCUUCCCGGGGGGUCUUCGGGAGGUGUGUAGCCCCUCUCUGGAGAGCUCUCCUCCAUCCACUCCGACAUCGUCAGCCCCUCUCUCAGGGUUCGGGGCCCUGGAGCUGGCUCUGUCCUCCGGGCAGCAGGGUGCCACCUGUAGUGAUGAGCUGGACCUCCAGCUCUUCCAUAAGGACGGGGGGAGUCUGUCAGGAUCGAUUCCUGGGAUGGUGGGUGUUUCUGGGGGUGUGGCUGGGCUCAAGUUCCCCUGCUUGGUGUGUGGGAAGAAGUUCCGCUUUCAGAGUAUCCUGUCGCUGCACGCCCGCGCUCAUAGUCUAGACAGGGACCGCCGCGCCUCAGCUCUGUACCGGACCGGUACCGCGUCCGGUAGCAUCAUUGGGACGGGGUCCAAGCCACAUCUCAAGACCCACCAGAACCACAAGGAUGUCGGGCAGAACCACUACAGCCCCCGCCAGAGCCCCCCGCUGUCUGGAUCUCUCACCCAGGGCCUUAGAGGGGAGGACAGGGACGGUGAAGCCCUAGAGGAGGCUCUGCAGAUGGAUCACCAGACCCUCCAGCAGUUCCUGAUGGAUGACUGCACACAGCUGACCCCUCUGCUGACCGAGGAGGUGCCCCUCUCUCUCUCUCUCACUUCCCCCUACUCCUCCUGCGGCCUGGGUGGUGUGGGUCCCAUCAUCUUGGAAAAAGCUACCGCUGUCGCAGCGCCCGCGUUCCGCUGCCAUGCCUGCAAAGGUAAAUUCCGCACCGCCUCGGAGCUGUCUCGCCACGUCCGGAUCCUCCACAACCCAUACAAGUGCACCCUGUGUCCCUUCUCGGCCAGCCAGGAAGAGCGCCUCGCCGCACACCUCCAGGACUGCCACCCCUCCCUACACCCUCCUAUUGUAACCACCACUACCAUCAUCGCCACCCCCAUUCCAGACGCCCCCCUGCCAACCCCCACUAUCACCCCAACCACAGCCCCGGCCCCAGGGGCAUCCCCUCUGCCUGCCUUCUGCUGUGAGACAUGCGGCCAGCGCUUUACCCAGUCCUGGUUCCUGAAGGGCCACAUGAGGAAGCACAAGGACUCUCUGGACCACAAGUGUCAGGUGUGCGGGCGUGGCUUCAAAGAGCCCUGGUUCCUCAAGAACCACAUGAAGGUGCACCUCAACAAGCUGGGCCUGAAGGCUGGUCUGGUGGGGCAGGUGGCCCCUGGCGCCGGGGCUGAACAAGGAGGGCCCAAAGGCUCAGUCACCAACCAGGGCCUCAACGCUCUCUACUCCAGCCUCCUGCUGGCUCGUGGUGGGGGCGGAGGUGGUGGUGGUGGAGGGGGGAGAGGCGGGCGAGGAAGGGGCGACCGGGACGGCGCCGGAGUCUCUAGUAAAUCUGCCAUCUUAGGCUACCUGGGGUUGCCUAGCGACGGCGGCGCCAGCUGCAUGGAACGACUCCAGGCAGUGGCUCAGGUUGCGGAGAUGGGGAACGGUAACGGGGGAGGAGGAAGAGGAGGAGGAGGAAGAGAGACAACAGAUGGAGGAGACCAGAUAGCCAUGUGGCAGUUUGUAGCUCGUAGCCUGGUAGCAGCUCAACAGGCUCAGCAGCAGCAGCACCGAGCCCCAUCCAGGAGCACCGUGGUGGGGGAAUCUGAGCAGGUCAGGGCCUACCUUGGAGGUCUGGAUCCCCGGGAGGAGCCGCCGUCCUCCGGAGCCCCAUGGGAGUGCCCCGACUGUGGGAAGCUGUUCCGGAGCCUGCAGCAGGUGGUGGCGCACGCCCGCGUCCACGUCCAGCGGCCCCAGAAGAGCCACGGUCACCCUCCGCGCCACGCCGGGGGAGGAGAGGAGGAUGGAGGGGGGAGCCGGGGUGCGGAAGGACGAGGAGGAGGGAGAGGAAGUAGUACUGAAAGAAGACAGGAGUCCAAACUUCAAAGUGGAUCUCAGCAUCAGCAUCAACUAGCAGUCGUCGGAGGGUUCCACUCAGUGAUGUCACAGUUCCAAGGAGAGAAUGGUCUGUCUGGCUCUUCGUCAGGCUCUUCGGUGAGCUCUAGGGAGCGUGUGCGAGGCACGGGGGUGAAAGACUGCCCCUAUUGCAGUAAAGCUUUCCGCUCUUCCCAUCACCUUAAAGUGCAUCUGAGAGUUCACACAGGGGAGAGACCGUAUAAAUGUCCCCACUGUGACUACGCUGGCACCCAGUCAGGCUCUCUAAAGUACCACCUCCAGAGGCACCACAGAGAACAGAGGAACACCAUGGGAGCCUCUUCAUCCGCCGCCUCCUCCCCAGGCCUCACCAUCGCCUCCCUGGGCAGAGGGGGAGCUCCACAGGGGGAGGGGAGGGAGGGGAUGUCCAAGCAGCGCCGGCCCCAGAGCCUCAACCACAGCUCGGCCACCAGAGGCCCGGCGGAGACGCCUUCCUCCAGGCACAAUCAGCACCAGCCCUGGAUCCUGGGCCUCCCCGAGCAGAGAGACAGGGAACACGCGAAGGCCAUGGCGGGACUGAGAGAGGCAGAUCUGGAGAGCCAGUACCGGUAUCUGUCCGGGGUGAUGGGGGCUUUGUACCAGGGAGGGAUGGAGGGAGGGUGGACGGGGGAGUCACCAACGUCCACCCCCACCCCAACCCCGUCAAAGGCGCCCAAAGUGUCCCGCCGCAAACCGCUCACCACCAGCCGUAUGGUGCCAGCUAAUGGGAGGGAGCGGAAGGGAGGGGGGUCAGCUCCUCGGGGUUCCCAGGAAGGAGGGUUGUUGUCCCAGCCCCUGGACCUCUCCCGCCGCCCCUCCCCUGGGCUCGGAGGUCUGGAGGAGGAUGGAGUACCAGGAGGAGGUGGAGGAUCAGGGGAUACCCUCAACCAGUGCCUGUUCUGUCCCUUCCGCACCUCCUCGGCCGAGCUCAUGGCCAUGCACCUCCAGGUCAACCACACCAGCAAGUCCAGGCGUAAGAGGAGGGCCCCCAUCCCCAGCGCCCUGGGUGACCACGGGCCCCAGAGGCCUCCCCAACCCCGGGCCGACCCCAACCCCCUGGCCCUGUGGAGGUAUCUGAGCGAGGCCGAAGACCGGGCCCCCCUGGAGGAGUGGGCCUCAUCCAGGAUGGAGAGGGGGACGGAGAAUGGCCUCACACUAGAGGAAGGGGACCUCGAGGGUCGCUACGACCACCACCACCCCCAGGCUUCUAACCGGGCCUCCACCACAAUCAGGAACACACAGAGUGGCCUCGACGGUAGUAGGAAGUUGGAUGAGGAAGAGGAGGAAGAAGAGGAAGACGAGGAAGAAGAGGAGGAUUUGGAAGGGGAGAGCAGUAGUCCUGGGGAUUCUCCUAGAGAGCAUGGGAUGAGGAUGUCUCUAACCAUGUCACCUCCCCUCGGCUCUGACCGUCUAACCAGAGGGGAGGAAGGAGUGAUGGGGGACUAAACAACAACAACAAUGUCAUCCUGCAGAGAGAAGGGAAAAAGCGGUUCAACUAGACAGGAAGGAAGUUGUUUUGGGGUCAUAGGUUGGAGGUCUAGGUCAUAUCACUUCUUUUACAUAGUUCAAGGUCAUUGUCAAGGUCACGACCCCUGACCCUUGACUUUCAAGGGCCACGGACUGAGAACCAUGUCCAUGGAGAGGGUCAUGUAAACAACAGCUCCUUAGGAACACUUAGGAACCCCUUUUAAACAUCUUCCAUUUUUAUCUCUCUUCUUUUAAUAUUUACAUCCCGGGAGUUCAGUGCAGUCCUCUCCAUUUCUCAACCAACCACAACCCCCCUUGUACAAACACACAGUACAGUGUAGGACUUUUGAGGCCUUCUCUUCUAUAUUUCACCGUUUCCUGCUUUCCAGUCCAUCUCCUACCAAGAGGGCUAAUUGUGAUGAUUUGAUCGAGAUUGUCCUCUUGCUGCUGUGAGUCUUAAUAUUAGUAUGUGGGCAAAAAGAAACUGUGACAUUCUACUAUUCCAGAGAACACAAAAAGGAUUUUAUCAGACCUUAUACUUAAUGUUUUGAGAAUAAUAAUACUUAUAAGAGUAACGUUGUUGAUUAGUUAUACAACCCACCGCUGUGAAUGGAGGAAAUCUUUAGCAGAACAAGUGUCAAAAUAAGCCAAACUUCAUCACAACUGCCAAUAAGAUACCACUUCUUGACACUUUCAAGGUCAUAUUAUGGUCUGUUCAAGAGCACCGAUUCGGAACUGCGGUUCAACCGGAACCAUUCAAGCUGUCAACUCAAGCUAAGCUUUCCAGCUGUCUGCAACAACAACAAAAAACACAACAGGAGCAACUUUUUAACAGACAACUAUUGACAUGACAAUGAUCAAGGACAAGAUGAUCCUGGACCCUGUUAUCACUGCCUCUCAUUGGUCGGAUGGCUGUUCCGAGGUCACCACGGGAACAGAGGAGCAGUUAGUCAUUUCCUGUUUUCCCCUCAGUUUAGUGCCUGUCUAUGUAUGGUAUGUCGUCAAGGGAGAUCUACAGUAUAGACCAGUGUUUCUGGGCUCUUAUAGAACAAUGAUAUCUGAGUAUACAGUAUAAAGCUAAAGUAUAUAUGUUUAAAAAAUGGUUCUAGGGUAUUGUGAAUAGAAAGCUGUAGUGGUAUACAAGGUGGUGUGGAUCUGUCUCUCGUUACAAGAGACCGAUAGCAUCUCUCUGUGGCUUCUGUGAAAAGAAAAAGAUAAAGCACUUAGUUGAUGAUGAUGAAACAAUAGAUAUACAUAUGAAUCAAAAGAGGUCAAGGUGAAAGGUCAAGAAGUGAACAUGUAGGUGAAAGGUCAGAGGUCAGUGUUUACAGCAGAAAUGCCAGCGUGUUCAGAGUCGGACGUGGGGUAACGGUUAUUUCUUACGUUGUCGUGGUGACCAACUGACCACUGAACAAACAGAAGACUGUUUUGGGGGACACGGGACCGACAGACAGACGGACUGUGCAUCCCGAACACAAUCAGCUGACACGUCUGGUCAGGUGACCAAGGCGCCACGACCGUGUCACACUCUUUCAUUUCAUUCCUUUUACCAGAAAAAGAAAAAAAACAAGGGGGAGGAAAAAUGGAGGAGAGAAAAGAGUAAGUUCCCUCACAGAGCGGGGGACUGAAGCUGAGAAAGGAAACUGUUGUACUCUUGGGGUACGCCGUCUUUUAGAUGACUAGAUUCAUUUCUUUUUAAGAGAAGAAGAAGAACAGUAGAAAAGAGUAAGCAUUAAAAAAAACUAACAAAUCCAUAGAUACAUUCCGGUAGAAUGUGUGUGUAGCUUUUGUAAAGACAACAAGAUAAGAAAAAAAUAAGAAAAAAAUCCCUUUGUUUAUUUUCAUUUCAAGAAGAGAAGCUUACAGAGAAGGUUAUGAAUAUAGGUAAUAAUAAUAAAUAUAAGGCUUGUUGUUGUGAGGAAAACACUAGUUGGAAUGUCUGUCUAUCAGGGUUAGGGUCAAUUCCAUCUCAAUUCCAGUCAAUUCAGAAAGUCAACCCUAUUCCAAUUCCAAAUUUUCCCCAUUGAAGAGAAUUGGAAUUUCCGUGUACUUCCUGAAUUGACUGGAAUUUAAAUGGAAUUGACCCCAAACCUGCUGUCUAUAAAGAGCACUGUGCAAGGUUUAUAAUUUCCCAAAGUAGUCAUUUUUAUUUUGACUUUAUCGAUAGACCAAACCUAUAUCUUAUGAAAAUGUAAUGAGUCACAUUCUGUUGGAGUAAAAAGCUGCCGUUUCCAUCCCCUCGCCCCGAUCAAUCAAUCAAUCAAUCAAUCAAUCAAUCAAUCAAUCAAUCAAUCAAUCAAUAAUCCAAUCAAAACUUUAUUCUCAUGUUAUUAUUAAGUGCUUGUAUGAGAUUCAAGUUUACAUCACAAAAUAUAAUUUGAUAUCAAAAUAUGAACCUAUUUCUAGUAUCACAUGGUAUUGUCUUAGAGCAUCAUACCACACUGUUCUGCACACAGUGAACAUGCAAAUAUCUUAUAAUAAAAAAAUAAUGAAUCCCUACUUAUGAUUGUAAACAUCACUAAACUAUUUGAUUGGAUAAGCCUGCCUUCUCGCCCUCUUUGCCCAAUGGUUGACGGCGAGAGCCUGGGAUCGGAACCGCAGCCUUACUUUUGGUUCACGUGCAUUAUGUGUUUUACUUCUAUCCUCAUUAGAGCGCCUUAUAUGAGUUUAGAAGUUCUCUAAGUGGUGUUUCCUUAAAGACAGGCUACAUCCAUAACUGCACCCUAUUCUCUAUAUAGUCUGUUACUUUUAACCAGGACCAUUGAGCCCCGGUCAAAACUAGUGCUAAGCACCCUGAUCGAAAGUAGUGUACUAUUUAGGGAAUAGAGUGCCCAUUUGGAUGUAGACUGUAGUGUCAAAGCCACCGUGCCUUCUGUGUCAAGCACUUCCUGGAUUUGGUAUUUUGUAAGCUCACCAAAAGCACUUAGCCCACAUCUCUCUCUCUCUCUCUCUCUCUCUCUCUCUCUCUCUCUCUCUCUCUCUCUCUCUCUC